AUGAUGUAUGGACAGGUCCUGCAUCCGCGCCGCCCCGGCGACUGCUUUAUUAAUGUCAAUGUUGGCGGUUUCAAACAGCGAAUGGAGCAUGAUGUCCUGAAGCAGUUCCCACAGACGCGUCUAGGUCGCCUUCUGUGUUGCAGCUCCGACAAAGCAGUCCUGGAGCUCUGUGAUGACUUCAGUCCCUCUGAAAGGGAGUACUAUUUCGACCGCAGUCCGCGCUUUUUCUGCUACAUUCUCAACUUUUACCUCACGGGCAAAAUCCACCUGGUGGACGGGUUGUGCGUGGUUUCAUUUAUUCAAGAGCUUGAGUAUUGGGGCAUUAAAGAGCUCCACCUGGACCUGUGCUGCAGCAACAAAUUCCAUGAACUGACUGAGCUCAUGGAAGACAAGUGCCUGGAUCAGGGGAGCAACGAACAACAGGUCCACAGUGUGGACUCGUCUACGGAGGAGCUUCGCUUCGGGGACGACAUAGCAAUGUUUGUAGGCUCCUGGUGUGCGGAUGUCCGCAGGAACAUCUGGAUUCGACUUGAGGAUCCAGGCCACUCCACUUCAGCCAAAGUGAUGGCCGUAGCAUCCCUAAGUAUGGUCAUUGUAUCUAUUGUUGCCAUGUGUGUCCACAGCAUGCCGGACUACCAUCAAGUCGAUCUCAAUGAGAAGGAGAUUGAAAACCCAGUGCUGAAUGUCUUUGAGAUCAUCUGUGUUCUGUUCUUCUCUGCUGAGUUUAUUCUCCGUCUGACUGUCGCACCAUCAGCUAGGAAGUUCUUGUACAGCCCUCUCAAUAUGAUCGACUUAUUGUCAAUUAUGCCCUUCUAUGUUACUAUAGCCUUUGAUAUCAUGGAUGAAGGUGAGAAUUCAGACUUGGAAAAUCUCGGCAAAGUGGUGCAGAUUUUGAGGUUGAUGCGAGUGUUCCGGAUCCUGAAACUGGUUCGCCACUCGGCUGGCCUACGCUCUCUUUGCGCCACAAUGCGCCACAGUUCCAGCGAAGUGGGGCAGCUGGUGCUUUUCUUGUCCGUGGGCAUUUCGAUGUUUUCCACUCUCAUUUACUUUGUGGAGAAAGAAUCUCAAGAGUCGGAGCUGCAGACGGUGCCUAUUGGCUGGUGGUGGGCCACCAUUAGCAUGACGACAGUGGGCUACGGGGACACCUUCCCCGUUACGUUAGCUGGGAAGCUGAUAGGAACCCUGUGCAUCCUCUGUGGGCUGCUGAUGGUGGCUCUGCCCGUUACGACCAUCUUCAAUAAAUUCUCCAUGUUCUAUGAGAGGCAAAAGCAUAUAGAUCUUAGACGAAGCAAUCACUGA